CGGCCGGCCUGGCCACGUCACCGCCCGGCCGAGAGCGCGCUGGCUGAGCGCUGGCACCGGGCGGAGCUCGGCGCUGGGAGCUCGGAGGCGCGGACAGGGGCCGCGGGACCCGCAGUCUGGGCCGGGGACGUGGCAGCCGCGUCGCCCGCCAGAAAGUUUCCCAGGAGUUGGCUGUGCGAGUGCCGGGCGGGCGGGCUGGACCAUGAACGUGUUCCGUAUCCUCGGCGACCUGAGCCACCUCCUGGCCAUGAUCUUGCUGCUGGGGAAGAUCUGGAGAUCGAAGUCCUGCGCAGGCAUCUCGGGGAAGAGCCAGAUCCUUUUUGCUCUCGUCUUCACCACCAGGUACCUGGACCUGUUCACCAACUUCAUCUCCAUCUACAACACGGUCAUGAAGGUAGUUUUUCUCCUCUGUGCCUAUGUCACAGUGUACAUGAUCUACGGGAAAUUUCGGAAAACUUUUGACAGUGAGAACGACACCUUCCGCCUGGAGUUCCUUCUGGUCCCGGUUGUCGGCCUCUCCUUCCUUGAGAACUACAGUUUCACCCCCCUGGAGAUCCUCUGGACCUUCUCCAUCUACCUGGAGUCAGUGGCCAUCCUGCCCCAGCUUUUCAUGAUCAGCAAGACGGGCGAGGCGGAGACCAUCACCACUCACUACCUGUUCUUCCUUGGGCUGUACCGGGCCCUCUACCUGGCUAACUGGAUCAGGCGGUACCAGACUGAGAAUUUCUAUGACCAGAUUGCAGUGGUGUCCGGGGUGGUACAAACCAUCUUCUACUGUGACUUCUUCUACUUGUACGUGACCAAAGUCCUUAAAGGAAAGAAGUUAAGUCUUCCAAUGCCAAUUUGAGACCCUCAGAAAACAAGGGCACGAACCCAACUAUUUGAGAUGUUCUACUGAGUGACUCAUACCAAUGUUAAUGCCAGAAAAAUGCUCAGUGUGGAUGGAUUCGAGCAAAGCACUGACGACUCCAUCUACAGGACCUCAACACCACCUCCCCCCUUACAGAAGCAAUGAAAAGAUCUGGGCCACGCACACAAACGCUGCACCACAUGUUAACGAGGACAUCGAGAACCCGUGAGGCUCAUGCGUAAAGCUGUCCCUCCGAGCACAAAGCAAGACACUAACUUACAGGCUUUGGCAAGACUUUAGUACUUCCACACCCAGUAUUUAAUCUGAGUAACAAUCUUAGGAGGGUACCACUGGUGUGGCCAUUUACCGACAAGGCAACGGAUGCCCAGGGCUUUUACCUACUAGGUACUGCUUUAUUGCUUUGUAACUCAGAUUUCCGCACUGCCACCAACCCAUCCCACCUUUCACAUUUUUAGGUGCUAAAGCAAAUCCAACAUCCCCAACCCUGGUUGUGAAGCAAAUAAAAUCUCGUAAGGAGUACUAACUGCCAUUGGACUACAGUCAGAAUUUUUGGGUAAUAAAAAGUUCACACCUUA